AUGCUGUUUUAUAUUCUUUUGAUGAUUGCAAUUUGUAAAAGAAGAGAUAAGCUUUUCGAGGACUCAUUCUUCAAAAUUUAUUUGGCCGAUGGCGCAGUGAGUAUUAUCAGCAUAAUACUCGAAUAUUCAAUCAACCGACCAAUGAGUCAUAUUCGUCCAGUUUGUGAAUACUUUCACGGAAAUUAUCGAUAUCCAUCGUACGCAUUGACUCCAUAUUUGUACAUUACGAGUUAUGUGCAAUUUUCGAAAAUAUUUGCUACUGUCAUUUUAUGCGCAAAUAGAUAUACUUGUGUUCAAUAUCCAGUUGCUCAUAAAACGUUUUGGAGACGUCGUUCGGGUCAAUUGGUUUUAGUUAUAUUAAUAUUACCAGUGUUAUUCACAUGGCAAAUUGGAAUAUCGAAAUGUUAUAUUGCCGCCAGUAACAGCCAAGCAUUCAUAUUCUACGUUCACAACAUUCCAUGGCUAGGAUCAGCGUACUUUCGAAUGUUAGCUGCAAUUCCUUCAUUUAUCUUUAUAAUCUUUGCGAAUUAUAUAAUAAUUUCGAAAUUGUCUCAAAUCGAAGGCCGGACAAGAUCAAUCGAAAGAGCAAUGACAAUUUCAACAAUCUUCCUUUCGAUUGCUUAUGCUCUUUUCAUCACGAUUCAAGGUUUUUCGUUGAUCGUUUCUGACGAUAUGCUCAAAGAAAGUUCGAUAGUAAAAAUAACAGCUUUGUCUGCAAUUCAACUAUGCAAUGACUUUUAUAUUAUGAGUUCACCGAUUGCUUUAAUUGUGACUUCGAGACGAAUUCGAAGAAGUUUGUUUCCAUUUGGAAGCGUCCCAAUUGACUAUGGCAAAUCGGGAUUUUUAACGAGCAACCCAGGACAAUUAAGCUUAACCGCAAGACCAUAG